GCGGAGGCAGAAAGAGUCGGUCGGGCAAAGGGGCAGUGGCAUUUGCUGAAGCAGCUCGUCCCUCUUUCCCUCCCUCUCACCUAUUCUCUCUCUCUCUGUCUUCUCCUCCGCCUCACCUUUACUUUCCUUCACUUGAGCAGGCUCUUGAGAACCCUGCUGUUUUGCCGGCUUGCUGUCCCUGUCUCUGGACAAGUCUUCUUUUCAACCUCCACCUGAACAGGACUAGGGGAGCCAGAUCGCCUCACAGCUUGUGCAUGCAGAUCCAUCUCUGGUGGUUAUGUUUCAUCCACUUUUAACGGUGACCUUUAACCCCAGACAGAAAUCCUCUUAAGUGCUCCUGAAGUCUGGAUUGUUGUGGGUGCUGGCAGGAGUUCAGGAGUUUGAAGUGGUGGUGUACUUUUUUUGUGGGAUCUGGGAUCCAGCCUAUCUGACAGGACUUUGACUCAGGCUGCCAUCCCCACACUCUCGAUAUGAGGAUUCUACGAGGUCUGGAGAGGAGCAGUGGAGGUGGCAUCAUGGCCCUGGUGCGGACCUCCCUACAGAAGGUGAUGCUCUUCCUGCACCAGCUCCAGGUGAUGGCCGUCACGUCUCCACGCUAUCAGAGACUCUGCAAGGACAUGCAAGCUGACAUAGACGCCAAUGAUGACAUCAUCAAGGACGGAACAAAUGGAUUACAGACACACACCAGCCCACAGCAGCCAGACGAUGGACUACAGACACACACCAGCCCACAGCAGCCAGGCGAUGGACUACAGACACACACCAGCCCACAGCAGCCAGACGAUGGACUACAGACACACACCAGCCCACAGCAGCCAGGCGAUGGACUACAGACACACACCAGCCCACAGCAGCCAGGCGAUGGCUGCAAGGACAGCACCUCCAGCAGCAGGUAG